AUGAUCCCCGAGACACAGGUGUCUCGCCACGCCUACGGCGCAUCUGACGACGUCUACGACCCUUACGACCCAGCUACGUUUACGACCUCUGCGCGGCAGCGCCAGCAUUCUACGCACCGUCCCUAUUCCUCUAAUUCCGUCGAAUCGCACACCCGUGAUCCUCAGCGUCCGUUGCGACGGGUACAUCGCCAGCCUGAGGUCCGCCAAUCGCCUCACCGUCGUGCGGUCUCGCUAGACGCCGCGGGGAUCCCGCUCAGACCGGCGCAGUCAAUUCCGGUCGUUGUUGAGCCAGCUCCGAGUGGCAUUGCUGCCUUACCCCCAGCUCUCUCCGAAGCGCAUACCGAUAACGACGGCUCCACCGUCGACGACCCUUACCAGCUCCUUCAUACCUCGUAUUGGCCGCGGAGAACAGCCCGGGUCUCAUCGCGAACCGCAUCUGCGAUCCUCUUCACUCUCGAGGACGCCAUUCGACGUCCGUUUCCCUUCACAACCGAUUGGGAGGAGGUGAAUGCUUCUAUGUCAGAUAUGGUAGGCGUUGCUGGUCCCGCCGCUCCGGUUGGUAAUGGCCGCGUCCAAAAUGGUGGCACCUCGCGCGCACCGCAAGGCCCUGUGCCGGUGUCAUCAGCACACCCGCCGAGUGGUAUGAGGACUCCAACCGACAUCAUGCGACAGCGUCGUGACCGCGAAGCUCGUCGCCGAGCCGAGCAAGAGGCCCGAGACAAAGAGCAGGAGGAAUUGAAGCGAUUGCAAUUGGGACAGGUACAACAAUCGCAACCACAAGCAGAACAGUAUGCUGCUGGCGUGACCGCCAAUCCACCUGCUCAAAGGGUCCCACGGGGCCCUGCGCAACCAGUGACAGCCACAGCAGCACCUGGUCCGGCUUUCCAACCCACCACGAGCGCUGCGCCAAGCGGCCGCAGAUCGGAUUACCCUUCUACACAGCCGACUGGAGAGAUACCCAGCCAGUCAAGGCCGCCGCAGGUCUCCGGCCAGCAAUCAUUGGGCGGUCAUGGCCGCACACAGAGUGCGUCGGCUGCAGGAGUCGGCACCCAGGGGCCUGGUCUCGCCAAGCCUGCGCAGCCUGCGCAGCCUGAAACGUCUCAGUCCCUCCAGCAACCUCGGCGCGCCGCUUUCCCUCAUGCAUUUGAGCGCUGGGAAACCCUGUCCUCGCACUGGGAGGGGCUCACCGGGUAUUGGAUCCGCAAGCUCGAACAGAACAACGAAGAGCUGGAGAAAGAUCCGCUUAGCCAGCAGCUGGCCCGUCAGAUCACGGAUCUAUCUGCAGCAGGCGCCAAUCUUUUUCAUGCCGUUGUUGAACUCCAACGUCUACGGGCGUCCUCCGAGCGCAAGUUCCAACGCUGGUUCUUCGACACUCGGGCUGAGCAGGAACGUGCCAAGGAAGUGCAAGCAGACCUGGACCGCCAGCUCAAGACCGAACGACAGGGCUGUGCUGAUGCCGUUGCCGCCGCCCAGAUUGCCGAAAAGGACAAGACCCGAGCUGAGGACUUGCUCCGGGAGAUGCGUCGUGAACUCCAAAUCUCCAAGGAGGAAGCGCGUCGCGCGUGGGAGGAACUUGGACGCCGUGAGCAGGAAGAGCGAGAUCGGACCAACUCCCUGCGAAACGGAGAGCCAACCUUGGUCGGUGGUGUGCAGGUGGUGCCUAUGAUCCAAGGUCUGCCCAGCCGCCACAACACCCGCCCGCCUACGCGCGAAGGUCCGUACCCCGGCGGUCCCACUGCCACGUCCAUGGGAGGAGGAGCGGCAUAUCAAGGCAAAAGCGCAGACCACGGCAUGAGCGGACAGUACUAUGAAAGUGGUGGCACGCCCAUGUCCCCGACAGAAUCUGAUCCCUUCACGGAGAACCAAAAGCCCGUGCAAGCAGAUCCUGCGACCUCCAGACCAGCCUAUUCCGAGCAAUACUACGAAUCAGCACAUCAAGGCGUGCCAACAACCUCCGAGCCGGAUCAGCACUCUUACGUCGGCAGCAGCGAAGCCGAAGACGACUUUACCCACUACACGCACGACCCGCAGGGCAGUUAUCCGCCGGCACUGUCUGAGGAAAGCGAUGACUACGACCAGUCCCCCACGGACGAACGCCACUUUGUCACGGAGGGUGGAUACACCACCAGCGCCGCCUCGUCGGCUCCAGUGCAGGCCCCAUUCGCGCCUCCGACAGCCGACUACACCGGCGCCGGCUAUGGCGGCUGGGACUCUGUAACUCCUCGACACCGCCAUCCCACGCGGCUGAGCGAUGUUCUCGAGGAAGAUGAGGUCAGUCGCACCAGCCCGAGCCGCGCUAGCCAGGCGAGUCGUGGCAUUCUGUAA